CCUAGCAGCGGGCGGUCGGGAUCCGACGUCUGUGCGGGGACUCAGCUGUCUGAGCCCCGCGCAGCAACCACCCCGACAAGCAAGCUCCCUGAGACCCGGGCUGCCUGCCAGGUCAUAGAGUCGAGCGGAGACCUGUAGGGCAGUUGGUCGCUCAGGCAAGAUGGGGAACCGGGAGAUGGAGGAGCUGAUCCCACUGGUGAACCGUCUGCAGGACGCCUUCUCGGCGCUGGGACAGAGCUGUCUGCUGGAGCUGCCGCAGAUUGCCGUGGUGGGCGGUCAGAGCGCCGGCAAGAGCUCGGUGCUCGAGAACUUCGUGGGCAGGGACUUUCUUCCUCGAGGCUCAGGCAUCGUGACCCGACGACCUCUUGUACUUCAGCUUGUCACUUGUAAAGCAGAAUAUGCUGAGUUUCUGCACUGCAAAGGAAAAAAAUUUACAGAUUUUGAUGAAGUUCGCCAUGAGAUUGAAGCAGAAACAGACCGAGUGACGGGAAUGAAUAAGGGCAUUUCCCCUAUACCCAUCAACCUACGAGUCUACUCUCCACACGUGUUAAAUCUAACGCUUAUCGACUUACCUGGAAUAACAAAAGUGCCCGUGGGAGACCAGCCCCCAGAUAUUGAGCAUCAGAUCAGAGAUAUGAUCAUGCAGUUCAUCACGAGGGAGAACUGUCUGGUCUUGGCUGUCACCCCGGCCAACACCGAUCUUGCCAACUCGGAUGCACUGAAGCUAGCUAAAGAAGUUGAUCCUCAAGGUCUGAGGACCAUUGGCGUGAUCACAAAGCUGGAUCUCAUGGAUGAAGGAACGGAUGCCAGGGACGUACUGGAGAACAAACUGCUGCCUCUUCGCAGGGGCUACGUGGGGGUGGUCAACAGAAGCCAGAAGGACAUAGAUGGAAAGAAAGACAUUAAGGCGGCCAUGUUGGCAGAAAGGAAAUUUUUUCUUUCUCACCCGGCUUAUAGACAUAUUGCUGAUCGUAUGGGGACACCCCACCUCCAGAAGGUCCUCAAUCAGCAACUUACCAACCAUAUUCGAGACACCCUGCCCAACUUCAGGAACAAACUGCAGGGACAGUUGCUCUCCAUAGAACACGAAGUAGAAGCCUACAAAAACUUCAAACCGGAAGACCCCACGAGGAAGACCAAAGCUCUGCUGCAGAUGGUCCAGCAGUUCGCUGUGGACUUUGAGAAGAGAAUCGAAGGGUCGGGGGAUCAAGUGGAUACUUUAGAGCUCUCUGGCGGUGCUAAGAUCAAUCGCAUCUUCCACGAACGCUUUCCCUUUGAGAUAGUGAAGAUGGAGUUCAAUGAGAAAGAAUUGAGAAGAGAAAUAAGCUAUGCAAUCAAAAACAUACAUGGUAUCAGGACAGGGCUGUUUACUCCAGACAUGGCUUUCGAGGCCAUAGUCAAAAAGCAGAUAGUAAAGCUGAAAGGGCCGUCCUUGAAGAGCGUGGACCUGGUGAUGCAGGAAUUGAUCAACACUGUGAAGAAGUGUACCAAGAAAUUGGCGAACUUCCCCAGACUUUGUGAGGAAACAGAAAGGAUUGUUGCUAACCACAUCCGUGAGCGAGAAGGGAAGACCAAGGACCAGGUCCUGCUACUGAUUGACAUUCAAGUCUCUUACAUUAACACCAACCAUGAAGACUUCAUCGGCUUUGCAAAUGCUCAGCAGAGGAGCAGUCAGGUUCACAAGAAAAGCACAAUUGGAAAUCAGGUGAUUCGCAAGGGCUGGCUGACUGUCAGCAACAUCGGCAUCAUGAAAGGAGGCUCGAAGGGCUACUGGUUCGUCCUCACUGCAGAAAGUCUAUGCUGGUACAAAGACGAUGAGGAGAAAGAAAAGAAAUACAUGCUUCCUCUGGACAACCUGAAAGUCCGGGAUGUGGAGAAAGGCUUCAUGUCCAGCAAGCACGUCUUUGCUCUCUUUAACACAGAACAAAGGAAUGUAUACAAAGACUAUCGUUUCCUGGAGUUGGCCUGUGAUUCCCAGGAGGAUGUGGACAGCUGGAAGGCAUCUCUGCUAAGAGCUGGGGUCUAUCCAGAUAAAUCUUUAAAUGAAAAUGACGAAAAUGGCCAAGCGGAAAACUUCUCCAUGGAUCCGCAGCUGGAGCGGCAAGUGGAGACAAUCCGCAACCUGGUGGACUCCUACAUGUCCAUCAUCAACAAGUGCAUCCGAGACCUAAUUCCAAAAACAAUAAUGCAUCUUAUGAUCAAUAAUGUUAAAGACUUCAUCAACUCUGAACUCCUAGCACAACUCUAUUCUUCUGAGGACCAAAACACUCUGAUGGAGGAGUCUGCUGAGCAGGCUCAGCGCCGGGAUGAGAUGCUCCGAAUGUACCAAGCCCUGAAAGAAGCCCUUGUGAUUAUUGGUGACAUCAGCACAGCCACUGUGUCAACCCCAGCCCCACCUCCAGUAGACGACUCCUGGCUCCAGCAUUCACGCAGGUCACCUCCUCCAAGUCCCACCACCCAGAGGCGGCCAACUCUAAGUGCUCCCCUCACAAGGCCCACAUCUGGCCGCGGACCAGCCCCUGCCAUUCCCUCUCCAGGUCCCCACUCUGGGGCUCCUCCAGUCCCAUUCCGCCCUGGCCCGUUACCUCCUUUUCCCAGCAGCAGCGACUCCUUCGGAACCCCUCCGCAAGUUCCAUCCAGACCUACGAGAGCUCCCCCCAGCGUUCCCAGGUUUGGCGCCGUGAAGGAGGAAGCUGCUGAGCCUUGAAGUCGUGGGGCUCAGCAUACAUGGAGAUUAAACAACCCGUGUGACUAGCCUGGGUGUCUUUCCCCUCUGGUCACACAUGGAAACAUCCUGACUUCCCUGCUCUUCUCCUGAAUAGCCCUCUAAAACUGAUAUUUUUAGCAGCCAAGUGUCGUUUGGACAAAGGAUAAAAUCACCUUGUGAUUUGUGAUGUCAGCUGUGAGCGUUCUGUUCUCCCCCCAGCCUUCUUCCUUUAAUAAAAAAAUAAAAAUUAUAAUCAGAUAUUA